AUGCGCGCGCGCGUCUUGCCCACCGCCCUCCAUCUCCUUGGCCACCCUUCCCUCCUCCCAGCCACCCUUCCUCACCCUCUCGUGGGCGGCCUGCCACACCUCCCUGCAGGCGCCUUCCCCUCCCCCCCGUGGCGCGCCUUCUUCUGCCGUUUCUGCACCACCUCCUCCUUCUCCCCUCACCCCAUCCGCCUCUUCACCCUCCUCCUCCUCUCCUCAUUCCUUCCUCCCUUCCGUGCCUUUCCUCCCUUCCUCCACUUCCUUCCCCUCCGCAUCUGCCACCUGGCUGCGUCAGCUGACUACAUCGCCCCUAUUCCUCCUCCUCUUUUCUCUCUCCAACACUGCUUUACUGCUAUCCCCUCCCCCAUAUGGGGCCUCUUCUCGCUCUUACCUCUCUUCCUCUGCGCUUCCAUCCUCACCCUUCUCCCGCCGUACCUCCUCUCCUACCAUUGCCUUCCCUACUCUCCGCCCCCUUCGCUGCCCCUUCCUCCCCUUCCGCCCUUCCUACUUGCCGUUGUACCUCCCCUCUUCUCCACCCCUCUUCUUGGAUUCCGCUAUCCCAUCAGCGUCGCCGCUCUUCUGCCGCUGUAA